CACGUCAGUUGACACACCGCACAAGUCAGAUCUAGUCAGAAUCAGUCCCCUAAUUCCCAAAAAUCCCCAAUACACUACAAGUACCACAAUUGCUGUGUGGUUUUUUCUGUAAUUUGCAAUCCAUGCAAUCAUGGCUGAUCGGUUGAAGGACCAAGCGGCCAGUCAACAGCCAGACGAUGAGCCCACAGAGGAGCAACUGAUCGCCGAUGCCUAUGCCAAUGUCAAGGUACUGGUGGAGGCUGGCGAUCAGGCGGGCUAUCUGCAGAUACAGCCAACGGAGGUGCACAGGUUCAUGCUGGCCAGCUACGACGAUGUGCUGGUCGAGAAGUACACCGAGGCGAAACCGCAGGAGCUCAGCAAGUGGGAAACGGCCACUGCCUUGGCACCGCUGCUCAAUCGCAUUGAGCCGCAGGACGAGCAGCAGUUGGGCAAAAUCCAACUAGAUCCGGUCACGGGCAAGCGCUACAUGUUGGUGCCCAUCGAAGUCAAUGUUCUUGUCGAUGGCGAGAAGUUUUGCAACAUAUUUGAAUAUUUGCAGGCACGGCAGAAGAAGCACGAGAAGGCGUUGCAGGUGAAGAAGGAGGCGCUUGUGGAUAUGGCCAUUGAAGCCACAGCACAGAAAACAGUCAGGCAGCUGGUGGAUCAGGAGAACACUCCAAAGGAAGAGACUCAGAAGAAAGCACAGAAGAGCCCCAAGAAGGCGUCUCAGAGGAUGAGCCUCAAGGAGCGGCCUACAAGGCGGAGCCAGAAGAAGCAGCUUCAAGGGGAGCAGACUCCACAGGAAGAACCACAAGGGCAGACUUCAAAGGAGUCCCAGCGCCUGGUCGACUACAAGGCGGAGGUCGUUGUGCCCCCCAUAAUAUUCUCCGUCAAAGCGGGCCUCGGCCAAGAGGCACAGCAGCAUGCGACGGAGCCAGCAGCUUCUUCCAAUCAACAGGAAGAAGAGAAGCAAGUCUAGUCGCAGCUCUCACUCUCACUCACUUCGGACUCAAAGCAGAAGCCAGAGGAGAGCAGAAUGGCCUAGAGAACCGCCGGGCAGCAGAGCAGAAUGGAUUACGGCUCUAAGCCAUUCUGUUGUCCCCUGAUUUUCGACUACAAAUUACAGAGUUUACAUUUGCUGGAUCGUCGUUGUUGAUCUUUGAAUAAAUUCAGCAUUCUGUUGAUUGUUAUACGAGUAUUUGGCUGUAGCUUUC